AUGAAGACAAAGCAAAUCAACUACUACCUGCGAUCAACAGAGAACCAGCAUCAAGACGAAACAUUACCACCACAAGUGCAAAUCUCCAAGUCAAACGAACAACAUUACCAAUCAACACUAGAAAUAGCACCAUCUGAUUCAGAGGAACAACACCCCCAAUCAACAACCGAAGCACCAGCAUCUGAAUCAGAGGAUCAAGAAAUUGAAACUUUAGAUGAGGAGCAAAUCCCUAAGGAUCACAUAACACAAUCAUCAACAGAUCAUCAACCACUAGAACACCAGAUUAGAAAUAGAAUUAUGCCACACAAGAGAGACCAUUCCAAAAUCAAAAGAGGAAGCAACACAACCCUGGACGUGAAUCCUUCUCCCAAACACCCCAGGCCCAGGCACCUUGGAACCAACCCGGCCAGUCCUUCAGCAACCCCGCUUAGACCUUCAGCCACCCCGCCCAGUCCUUCAGCCAACCAAACCAGUCCUUCAGCCACCCCACCCAGUUCAACCAACCCGGUCAACCCUUCCAAUGGAUGGUACCACCCUCACCUUGGCCCCAGCAGCAAUGGUUUCAACCGAUGA